CCUGGGUUACAAAAAAGCAGCAGCUAUUGCCUCUCCUGGCUGCUCACUAGCACUGUCCUCAUUCUCCCCUCAAACAAGCAAAAAAUAACCCUUCGGACCCCCUCUCUGUCAUCUCUGAAUGAGUAUUUGCCCUAUAGUGUAAAGCUGAGCUAAAGCACGCCAACCUACCGAGUACAACUGCUCUGCUUUGGACCGUGACCCUUUCCCCAGCCCCGCACCACUAUAGCCGUAACCAUGGACCGCAUGGAGCUGAAGAAAGUCUGCACGGAGGCAGACGAUGACAGCACAGACAGUUUGGACGACCGCUUCACAGAGCCCAUCGACUCAGAGAAGGCCACCAUCAACAGUCACUUCCUGGAUGAGGAUGGAGACGCAGAGAGCCACAAGUUUCUCACUAAUGGGAUUAUGAAGAAGAAGAAGUACGAGGAGUAUCAGGAAGAAUACCACCCAGGACAUACCUCCUUUGGUAUGUCGGUCUUCAACCUGAGUAAUGCGAUCAUGGGCAGCGGCAUCCUGGGUCUCUCCUACGCCAUGGCCAACACUGGCAUUGUGCUUUUUGUAGUCCUUCUCUUGGGUGUGGCCAUCUUGUCGUUGUACUCCGUUCACUUGCUGCUAAUGACUGCAAAAGAAGGAGGCUCUCUCAUCUAUGAAAAGUUGGGAGAGCGAGCUUUUGGCUGGCCGGGGAAAAUGGCUGCGUUUGGAUCGAUAACCCUUCAAAAUAUUGGUGCCAUGUCCAGCUACCUCUUCAUUGUAAAGUAUGAGCUGCCAGAAGUGAUCCGUGCCUUCAUGGGACUAGAGCAGAGCUCUGGUGAAUGGUACAUGAACGGAAACUACCUGGUUGUGUUUGUGUCCAUCGGUAUCAUCCUGCCUCUCUGCAUACUCAAAAACCUGGGCUACCUUGGCUACACCAGUGGAUUCUCCCUAUCCUGCAUGGUGUUUUUCCUGGGAGUGCUGAUCUAUAAGAAGUACAACCUCCCCUGCCCGAUGCCCUUCAUGUACCAUACCAACCACAGUAUGAAUGGAACAGCCCUGGGGCCCCACGCCCUGCACAACGGCACCGUCCUCAUGGACUUCUCCAGAGCUGACAUGUCCCCCGCCUCCUACCUGGACGACCACCACACCUCAGGGGUCCGCUUCGAACCACACCCCGACGACGUGGAGGAGAUGUGCACGCCCAAGUACUUUGUGUUCAACUCUCAGACUGCUUACACUGUUCCCAUCCUAGCCUUCUCCUUUGUGUGCCACCCUGAAAUUCUACCCAUCUACAGUGAACUCAAAGAUCGCUCCCGGAGAAAGAUGCAGAACGUGUCCAACCUGUCUAUUCUUGCCAUGCUGGUCAUGUACAUGUUCUCAGCUCUGUUCGGCUACCUCACUUUCUACGGAAACGUGGAGGCGGAGUUGCUCCACACCUUCACCAAGGUGUAUAAGUUUGACACCAUGCUCCUGCUGGUCCGUCUGGCUGUCCUGACCGCUGUCACCCUGACUGUCCCCAUUGUCCUGUUCCCUAUCCGUUCCUCAAUCAAUACGAUGCUGUUCAGCCAACGGGAGUUCAGCUGGGUGCGUCACAUGCUCAUCGCCGCCUUCAUCCUCCUGUUCAACAACCUGCUGGUCAUCUUCGUCCCCACCAUCAGAGACAUCUUCGGCUUCAUCGGCUCCUCUGCAGCCACCAUGCUCAUCUUCAUCCUCCCUGCUGCCUUCUAUCUACGCCUGGUCAAGUCUGUGCCAAUGCGCUCCGUGCAGAAGAUCUCGGCGGCCAUUUUCCUGGUGGUGGGCAUCAUCUUCAUGUUCAGCAGCCUGUCGCUCAUCGUGAUGGACUGGAUCCACAACCCUCCCGGCUCCGGCAGUGGUCACUAAGACGACCCCCCUUACCUCCACCCCCUCUCACCUCAAACCCCCUCCCCUGACUGUGCCUUGGGGGUAAGGUCACCGGGCCCGGGGGGUGCCCCCACACAUCGCCCACAGACUGAGUACAUCAGCGUACUGUAAAGGGGCGGUUCGCUUUUCUCAACCCCCAACCCUUUCCACAAAGUAUUACUGGAGGGGACUACGUUCUACGACUGAAACAGACUCUUUUAAGUUCGUUAUUCUUUUUCUUUCUUGUUGUUGUUGGAUGGUUUAGUUCUGUAGAAUCCUCCACAACAGGGGCUCGCCGAAAGGACACGAAGUAAUCAAGGAGGAUGGUCAGAAACGGGAGAAAAGACGUCAGACGCUGUGGCUGUUGCUGCGUGCCCUGCCGUAGUUGUCUAGAUUGCCCAUCAUCCCUACUCUGUGAUAUUACCUGAGCAAAGGAAAAAUACGAGCAGGGACCUCAACCAUUAAACUGUCAAGAGAACCCAAAGAGAACGAGAGCUGAUCUGAGAGCUGCCACUAUUGGAGCUGGUUGUGACUGCAGGCGUGGCUUCAGCGCCAUGGGCUCUGCACACUUGAAUAUUAGAGAGAGAGAGAGAGAGAUGUGGGACAAGGGUUCAAAAACAAAGAGCACUUUUAGCAUAUGUUUCAAGUUUUAAUGUAUUUUUAACACAUCCAGACACACAAGGAACACACACACAUACAGCACGCCAUCUACACUAUUUGGAGAUUUUGCUUACUGUCAAAAUGUAUUUUUGUACACCUAGGGGGAGUAAGAAAAGUCGAUGUAACGGUACAUAUGACAGGUGUAGUAUCUUUUUCCGAGUUAGAGCCUGGAAAAGGUUCUUCUGAGGGAUAUUUGUAAAUUAGGUUUGGUAAAGUAGUUUAUAUUGUAUUUUAUACUUUUACAAUCAAUCAAAUCACCACAGUUUAUGUGCACACACAAAUUUCUCAGUGGCUAGUGUGUUGCUCUCAAACAUCCCUUGACAGCAAUCAUGAGAUCAGACGUUAGCAAUCAUACACAUUGACAGACACAUACUCCAAGUUAAAAUUUUCAGCCAUGUCCAUUCUCCCAAUCAACACUUAACGCGAUGAUCAACACACACUGUCAGCCAUUCUGAAACAGCCGUGUAGACUGAGCUUCAAACAAGAGACUACAUUCUGUGUUAUUGUCGCAGAGAUUUGAAUGUUGCCGAGUUUUGAAUGUACCGGUACUUGGCCAAACGUCUACUGAUCUACUGAAUGACAGUUUACGUGUUUCUUUCUUUGCCUUCUUGUUCACUCUUGUCCAAUGUGUCACACUACAGAGCCCUUGGGUCAAUUGCAGCGAACAAUACCAGGAGAUGAGCUCAUGUUGUUGGCUUGAGAUCAUUUUCAACUUGUAACUCCAUCUCUUCCUAAACUUCAUGUGAAGUAAACUGUGCUAUGAAAUACAACUAGUGAACGCUAGUUUCAGUGAAGAGGAACAACAACAGAACUCUAUGAGAGUUAAAGGUCUACUGGCAGUAUACCAUACAGGUUAUUUAGCUAUUUGACUUGGCACAGCGAUCCUAUAACCCAUGAGAAUGUUUUUCUUCUAUCCCAGUGUGUAAAACGAUAUCUUGUGACAAAAUUCAAUUGUGGGAAAAAAUAUUCUGGGUAAAAUAAGCAAUGGAUUGAACCUCCAGACUGCUGUUUCUGGGACACAAGAUACAUUGUUUUAUCUGUGUUUGCAGUUCACAUCUUAAAGGGGAAAUCUGCAGUUGCUACAUUUUUUUACUUGUAAAUUAACGAUUUGUACCCAUUGAUUCUUGAAAAAUAUAACUUAUAAAUGCCUCAAGAGCUUAGUUUAACGGCAGCGUAGCCUAGUGGUUAGAGCGUUGGACUAGUAACCGGAAGGUUGCGAGUUCAAACCCCCGAGCUGACAAGGUACAAAUCUGUCGUUCUGCCCCUGAACAGGCAGUUAACCCAUUGUUCCCAGGCCGUCAUUGAAAAUAAGAAUAUGUUCUUAACUGACUUGCCUGGUUAAAUAAAGGUAAAAUUUAAAAAUUUAAAAUAACCGUCGUACCCCAUCAGAUCCCAAAAUAUAUGAUUAGUUUACUCCAAUGUUUGUAAACAACGUAAAUGUAAACAAUAUAUAGCCUCAAAACAUGGUUAAAGCCAUCAUUUUUAUAUCAUGGAAGGUCAGUCCUUGCAUCCUUAUAUCUCAACCUUCAGCUUUUUCCGGAACAGCCGGGGAUAACACUUUGUUAUUGCUUCAACUGCUGAUUGCCCCUUUAAGUUCAAUAUGGGUCAUAAUGUCAAAUGUGGAAAAGAUUAGAGAAAUUAAAUGCAUCCACUGUUACUUAGCAGGCUUGUCAUUUGGUGAUGUUUAUACCAGCUAUUUGUUUAUGCCAGAUUGCUGCUGAUAGUAGAGUUAACAUAAACAGUAUGUGUUUAUUACUGUAAUUGUGACUAUUGUUACUGUAAUUUACAUAAUUUCAACAGACCAUCGUGUCUUAAAAUGCCCUAAUUAAUUCAUUAACACCACGAUAAAGGAAUUUCAAAAUGUUGUGCAAAUUGUGCCGUGCUGAAAAAACAUUAGCAGUUUGCAUUCGAAGCAUAGAAUACCUGUUUUCUAAGGUGUUAAAGCAGAUGCUUUUUCUGAUUGGAUCCAGCCAGAAUGGACAACAUUUACAGAUCCUUUAUGGAUCUACAUAUGCAUGAAACAAAUUCAUAUUUCAAAUGAAAUGCUAUGUAAUGUGUAUGUUUUGGAUUACAAACAUGGUCUUUUCUGACAACUUGUAUAUGCUUUGUAAAUAAUCGUAUUAUAUGGUACUCACUGAAUUAUGUGUGGGGGGGUUGUAAGGGAUUUUACCAGAAGUCUUCUACAAUCUGACUGUUAUUUUAGUAUUCAAUCUUUUUGAUUUUGCUCUAUGAUGAUAUUUCUUUCUUUUAUGGAAGCUUGUACAUUUGUAGAAAAUCUCUACCCCUUGUCAUUUCUUUAUAGUUACAUAUCUGGAGGACGUAGACCUUGAAUUAAUGAAUGGUUUGUCGGUAAUAUUGUCCGAUUCCUCAGUCCUACAGGGGCUGCAGGGUCCAAGUAGAAUGUCAGUGUUGAUGUCUUGCGAGACUUAGGUAGAUAUUGCCUAUGUUGAGCUGAAGUAUUUGAUUCAUGCCAUGCGUGUUGGUGCGCUGUCAAAAGAUCAAUGACGUUCAGAUCACUUGCUUUUGGUAAGAACCACCCUACAGUCACAUUUGAGAUGUGGUCCGCAUCGAUAAGGGCUGCUGGGUCUUUGCUGAAAUUCCUCCUGAGCCUCAGUUACUAUAUGUGAAGAUACACUUCAUGAAGUGUAUUGACAAAAACCUUACUAUUGAGUGAGAAUGCAGAAACCAACCUUUGCCUUAAUAAUUGCAAACUUCAGUUCAUCUAGGGAACAAACCUUAGGGUCAGGCACGGCACCAGAUGUAAGACCGCCAUACAGUGAUAUUCUCCUUUUUUUCUCUCCCAAUGAAGGACCAGAGCGAGACCACAGAUGUUGGGGUCUCAGACACUCAAGAAUUGGGUUGGGGAGGGGAUUUCAGCGCUAUGCCCUCAAUAUCACUCAUACCUAAGACUGUCGUAGCAUGACAUGCUGUAGUCACGACAGUUGACUUUAAUAUACGUUAAAUGACCAAACACUGGCAUGCAAACUGCGUGUCAUGCAUUUGACAAUGUAAAGUAGGCUUCAUGCCAGAGGGUUUAAGUAAUGUGUUACCCCAAAACCACCUGCCUUAUCUGUAACCUGGCCUGAAAGAAGCACUGGGUCAGCAUCAGUGUCCUGCCGUUCAGUGUCUGCUUCCUGUGGAUCAACUAACAUUCAAAUUGUAUAUUUGCCUGAACAAAGGGGAUUUUUGUAUCAGAGAAGCUGUUUCAAUGUCAUGUAACAUGAACAAUAAAAAUGUGAAAUAAACCUG